GCCGGUCGCUGGCAGGGGCGGGCGGCGCUGGUGGCACUGCGGGCGCGGAGCAGUGCUGCUUAGGUAGAGCCCGCUGCUCCCGUCCCUUUAGCAGGAGGAGACUGAGGCUGCUGUGGGCGGGUUGCUCGGCUCUUCUCUGCUCGGCUAUGUCGGACAAUCAGAGUUGGAAUUCCUCCGGCUCUGAAGAGGACCCCGAGACCGAGCUCGGGCUGCCUGUUGAGCUCUGUGGGGUGCUCAGCAAGUGGACCAACUACAUUCAUGGGUGGCAGGAUCGAUGGGUAGUUCUGAAAAGCAACACACUCAGUUAUUACAAGUCUGAAGAUGAAACGGAGUAUGGCUGCAGAGGCUCUAUCUGUCUGAGCAAGGCUGUGAUUACGCCCCAUGACUUUGACGAAUGCAGAUUUGAUAUUAGUGUAAACGAUAGUGUUUGGUACCUCCGAGCUCAGGACCCAGACCACAGACAACAGUGGGUAGAUGCAAUAGAACAACACAAGACUGAAUCUGGCUAUGGAUCAGAGUCAAGUUUACGACGCCAUGGCUCCACGGUGUCUCUUGUUUCUGGAGCAAGUGGAUACUCUGCAACAUCCACCUCUUCGUUCAAGAAGGGCCAUAGCUUACGCGAGAAGCUUGCAGAAAUGGAAACCUUUAGAGACAUCUUGUGUAGACAAGUUGAUACUUUACAGAAAUACUUUGAUGCUUGUGCAGAUGCAGUUUCCAAAGAUGAACUCCAGAGGGAUAAAGUGGUAGAAGAUGAUGAAGAUGAUUUCCCUACAAUGCGUUCUGAUGGGGAUUUUUUACAUAACAGUAACAGCAGUAAGGAAAAAUUGUUUCCACAUGUGACACCCAAAGGAAUUAAUGGCAUAGACUUUAAAGGAGAAGCUAUAACUUUCAAGGCAACUACUGCUGGAAUCCUUGCUACACUCUCUCAUUGUAUUGAACUCAUGGUAAAACGUGAAGAAAGCUGGCAAAAAAGACUAGAUAAGGAGAUAGAGAAAAGGAGAAGAAUUGAAGAAGCAUACAAAAAUGCUGUGACAGAACUGAAGAAAAAGUCCCACUUUGGAGGGCCAGACUAUGAGGAAGGUCCUAAUAGUCUGAUUAAUGAAGAAGAAUUCUUUGAUGCUGUUGAAGCUGCUCUCGAUAGACAGGAUAAAAUGGAAGAACAGUCCCAAAGUGAAAAGGUCAGAUUACACUGGCCAACAUCCUUACCUUCUGGAGAUGCAUAUUCUGCUGUGGGGACUCAUAGAUUUGUCCAAAAGCCCUAUAGUCGCUCUUCCUCCAUGUCUUCCAUUGAUCUAGUCAGUGCCUCUGAUGUUCACAGAUUCAGCGCCCAGGUGGAAGAGAUGGUACAAAACCAUAUGACAUAUUCCUUGCAAGAUGUAGGAGGAGAUGCCAAUUGGCAGCUAGUGAUAGAAGAAGGAGAAAUGAAGGUGUACAGAAGAGAGGUGGAAGAGAAUGGAAUAGUUUUAGAUCCUUUGAAAGCAACGCAUGCCGUUAAAGGGGUAACAGGGCAUGAAGUUUGCCACUACUUCUGGAAUGUCGAUGUUCGUAAUGACUGGGAAACAACAAUUGAAAAUUUCCAUGUUGUGGAAAAUUUAGCUGAUAAUGCAAUCAUCAUUUACCAGAUGCAUAAGAGGGUGUGGCCAGCUUCUCAAAGGGAUGUGCUGUAUUUGUCUGCCAUCAGAAAGAUACCAGCAUUCAGUGAAAAUGAUCCUGAAACAUGGAUUGUGUGCAAUUUCUCUGUGGAACAUGACAGUGCUCCUCUGAACAAUCGCUGUGUCCGUGCCAAAAUAAAUAUUGCUAUGAUUUGUCAGACAUUAGUAAGCCCACCAGAGGGGAACAAGGAAAUAAGCAGGGACAAUAUCCUAUGCAAGAUUACAUAUGUAGCUAAUGUGAACCCAGGAGGAUGGGCACCAGCAUCAGUGUUACGGGCAGUGGCAAAACGAGAAUAUCCAAAAUUCUUAAAGCGUUUUACAUCAUACGUGCAAGAGAAAACAGCAGGAAAGCCUAUUUUAUUCUAGUAUUAGCAGUGAUCAGAACAAGACUGGGUGAGCAUUCCAUGUUGAAGUGAGCAUGCAUAGAGCACUCCAUGCUGGAACGAAGGAUCUACAGUCUUUUUAUGGCUGAAGUUCUAGGCUUUGUAUACUGAAGUAAAGAAGUGUUGCAACACCAUGAGGCUGAAUAUUUAACACUAGCUCUCUCCUAAAUUUUCUUGUGGAAUCAGUGUGUAUAAAUAGAUGUAUUGAUAACAUGUAUAUGGCUAUUUUAUUUGCUUGCUUUAGAAGAGGAAGAACAUGUACAACUUUGAAUCACCAACAUGGGUUAUUGCUUUAAUUUUAAACAACUUGCAGAAUUUCACUGUCACCAUUCCUAAGAUACUGGUGCAGUUUUUGUGCAUGUCUAAAAAGCACAAAAGACAAAUGCACAUAUAGCAUACUGUAUGUGCUUUAUAUGCACAAAAAUCUAUGUGGUAUUUUGGGAGGG